AUGACAGCAGUGAUGAAACGGCAAUCAGAUAUGCAACUGGAUCAGAUUCGGAAAUUGGAAGAGCGAGAGAAGAAUCUCAAUAUGCAAAUGGCAACAUUGGAGAGAGAGCAGACUCUGUUGAAUAGUAGCGUGGCUCUUCAUAAGACUAAACUUCAGGAAUAUACUCAACAAAACGCUGGGUUCAAAGAAAAGUAUGCUCGACAAGAGGAGAGAUUGAAUGAACUUCAGAAUAUGAUUAAGGAGCGCACGGAGGCCUAUGAGAAUGAAGCCCAUGCACGACGACGACUUGCGGAAGAAACAGAAGCGAUGAAACGGAAGCUUGAAGAACAAGCCAAAGUUGAGUCUAGUUCCGGUGAGAAUUCCGAAGCUGCGAAACAGGCAGCACGUUAUCUAAAGCUUCUCAAGUGUCCCGCCUGUGACCUCAACUUUAAAUCGCAUGUUAUUCUGCGUUGCAUGCAUGUGUUUUGCAAGCCAUGUAUGGACAACCAGCUGGAGUUUCGUCAACGCAAGUGUCCAACCUGUCGAGAGAACUUCGGCGCCAAGGAUGUCAAAGAAAUUUAUUUAUGA